AUUUUCUGUAUUUUUUGUCAAACUAUAGCGAUACCGAAGUUCAUAGAUUAUUUCAUAUUACUACAAUCAUGUUUCGUUCUGCCUUAAAGAAAACCCCCAACGACAUCGUCCUCCUCUCCGCCGUCCGGUCACCUAUAACCCGCGCCUUCAAAGGCGGUUUCCGUGACUCGCACCCAGAGGACCUCCUAAUUCCAAUCCUCCAGGCCUCACUUCAGCGUGCCAAUAUCUCCCCAGACAGCGUCAAUGACGUGCUCAUCGGCAAUGUCCUUGCAGAACUCGGCUUCGCCAAGACGGGUCGUACCGCACUCAAUGCCGCGGGCUUUAAUCCUACAAAGACUACAUUCCACACCGUCAAUCGACAGUGCAGUAGUAGUCUGCAGGCGAUUACGCAUAUUGCGCACGCGAUCGCAGUAGGGCAGAUCGAGGUCGGGAUUGCCGGGGGCGUGGAGAGCAUGAGCAGGAAUUACAAUCCGGCUCGGGGCAUUCCAAGAGACGUGAGUCCGUUGUUGAAAGAGUGUGGAGUGAAAGAGGCGACCGAUUGCCUUUUGCCGAUGCUGGUGACGAGUGAGAAUGUUGCAAAGAGGUACGGGGUCGGUAGGACGGAGCAGGAUCAGUUUGCAGCAGAGAGCCAGAGAAAGGCUGUGGUUGCGCAGGAGGAGGGUAGGUUUAGCGAGAUCGUGCCGGUUAGGGCAAGGAGGCUUAGCUCGGAGACGGAGAAUGAGACGUUUGAGUUUGUCGAUAGGGAUGAUGGGGUUAGGCAGGGGGUGACUGUUGAGAAGUUGGCGGCGUUGAAGCCGGUUCUGGAAGGGGGUGCUUCUACCGCCGGGAACUCCUCCCAAAUUUCCGAUGGCGCUUCCAUAACGAUUCUUGCCAGCCGCGCCUGGGCUGAAUCCCACGGUCUAAGGCCUAUUGCCCGUUUUGCCGGAACCCAGGUGGCCGGCUGUGCCCCUGACGAGAUGGGCAUCGGGCCCAUCGACGCUAUCAAGAGGCUGUACAAGCACAGCGGGGUCUCACAGAGCGAUGUGGAUAUUUUUGAGCUGAACGAGGCGUUUGCGAGCCAGAGUAUCCAUUGUAUCAGGGAGCUAGGCAUUGAUAUGGCCAAGGUAAAUCCGAACGGAGGAGCGAUUGCACUGGGCCACCCGAUCGGCGCGACAGGGGCCAGACAGACGGCUACGUUGUUGGCAGAGCUGGCGAGGUCAGAUAAGGAGGUUGGGGUGGUGAGUAUGUGUGCUAGUACGGGAAUGGGGGUUGCAAGUUUGUUCAUCCGGGAGUAGCUACACACCUCUGUGGUAGCGAGUAUAUAAUUCCGAGUAAUAUCCACUCUAUAAAGCAAGCGAGC